AUGACUAUAGUUAUUACCCAAAUCACUAAUCAAUCGCUGGCCUUUGUCCGUCUGAUUCCACCAGGGAUUGCGGGAAGCAGGGCCUACGAUCGCGCGGCGAUCAAGUUCCGGGGGCUGGAGGCCGACAUCAACUUCAAUCUGAGCGACUACGAGGAGGAUUUGAAGCAGAUGAGGAACUGGACCAAGGAGGAGUUCGUGCACAUCCUCCGCCGCCAGAGCACGGGGUUCGCCAGGGGGAGCUCCAAGUACCGCGGCGUCACGCUCCACAAGUGCGGCCGCUGGGAGGCAAGGAUGGGCCAGCUGCUCGGCAAGAAGUACAUAUAUCUGGGCCUCUUUGACAGCGAAGUUGAAGCUGCAAGGGCGUACGACAGGGCGGCGAUUCGCUUCAAUGGGAGGGAAGCUGUGACUAACUUUGAGAGCAGCUCCUACAAUGGGGAUGCUCCACCCGACGCCGAAAAUGAGGGUACUACUACAAUCGGUCUCACCUGUCGAAUUUCUCCAAUCACACCCAAGUCUUAUCUCAUCGAUAUCGUUGUUGUUUUCUUAGCAAUUGUUGAUGCUGAUGCUCUUGACUUGGAUCUGCGGAUGUCGCAACCCACCGCGCACGAUCCCAAGAGGGACAACAUCAUCGCCGGCCUUCAGUUAACUUUUGAUUCCCCUGAAUCGUCAACCACAAUGAUCUCUUCUCAGCCAAUGAGCUCAUCUUCGUCCCAGUGGCCUGUGCAUCAACAUGGCACGGCAGUAGCACCUCAGCAGCACCAGCGUUUGUACCCAUCUGCUUGUCAUGGCUUCUACCCGAACGUACAGGUGCAAGAAUUUUGGGUGUAG